AUGUCCAGCGUAGUCUACACCUUGCUGGGCCUCGCGAGCCUCCACUGCAGCGUGCGCCCCGAGAUCAGCCCGUGCACCUGCCGACAAGAGGAGUAUGCCAGUCCCGUUAUCAACUCGAUGCAGCCGGUGGCCGCGACUGCCAACGCGAACAACAAUGCCGCGAUCGGAGGUGGCAGCGGCGGAAGUGGCGGCGGCGGUGGCGGCGGUGGCGGCGGCGGCAGUGGCGGUGGCCACCAUAGAGGACGUAUCGAGGUGUGGUGCGAGAAGAUGAUGUCGUUUAAUGACGUGUCCGAGGCGUUACGCGGCAAAUUCACCCCCGAGCAGCAGAUCAGCCUGCGGGUGACGCAUUCGAGCCUACGGGAUAUAUCGCAACACGACUUCAAGGAGCUGAACAUGUCCAUCACCCGGCUGUACUUGAACCACGACAAUCUAGGGCUCGUGGAUGGCGACGUUUUCACCGGUAUGGAACGGACGCUGUAUCUGAGCCUGGCGGACAACGAGGUGCCGUCGGUACCGCGGCACAUCCUGUCGCACAUGUCGCUCCUGAUGACCCUGGACCUCAGCAGGAACCGGAUCAGUCGCAUCGAUUCGGAUGACUUCAAGUACAAUCCGAUGCUGCAGCAUUUGUCAAUGGCGGGGAACGCGAUCAUCGAGAUGGCCCCAGGCUCGUUGCCGCCGCUGGUGAAGCACCUGCACGUCGGCAGAAAUCAUCUCAACAGCCUGAAUCGCACCCUGAGAGAUCUGAAUCAACUGGAGUGGUUGUUCAUUAAUUCUAACGAGCUCACGUCACUCGACGGCGAGCUACCGUCCUCCGGGCACAAUCUCAAGAUGCUUUACGCCGCGGAUAACAAGUUGACGCAUCUGCCGGCCGAGUUCCGUUACCUCCAUCGUCUGGAGAGCCUCUUCCUCCAGCACAACAAGAUUCGAAAUCUCGACGGCACUUUGCAGAAGGCGAGGGGCCUCAAGUUCUUGGAGCUCUCGUACAACGAGCUGCAAGAGUUGAACGCGGACGAUUUCAUAGAAGCCGAGAUGUUGGAGGACCUCGAGCUCGGCCACAACUCCCUCAAGUCGCUCGGUGGUGCGGACGGCGACGGUAACGGCAGCAGCGCUCUUUACCCCCUCAAGUCGCUCAAGUGCCUGAACCUGACACACAACGAGCUGCGCGAGUUCUCGUUGACGUCCUUACGCGGUCUGCGUGAGCUCAGGUUGCUCGACCUGUCGAACAACCGAAUCGCCAGACUGCACAGGGAUAGGCCCUCCUCGGAGAAUCUCGUGGAAGAGGAGGGCGAAGAGAUCGCAGGCGGCAACAUCCAGGAUAUGUGCCUUCAGCAUAACGAGCUGCGCAGCUUGGACGGCUCGCUGUUUCUCGGCAUGAAGGAGCUGCAAAGACUCAACCUCAGUCACAACGCGUUGGGCCCUACGAUCGGACCCCGCGACCUCUACGGUCUCGACGGGCUGCGCGUACUUGAUAUCUCUCACAAUCAACUCACCACGCUCGAGGACACCUCGGAGACGUGGUUGCCAUCCUUGGAGGAGCUGAACGCGUCGCACAAUCGCUUGAUCACACUGUCCGGCCGCGACUUUCGCGGCUUCCCGGUGCUCUGCUUGGCCGACGUCAGCAUGAAUCAAAUACGCACCCUCAUGCCGGAGCUGGUGGCCAACACGCGGUGCACGAUUCACGGAGUCCCCGACGUGCUACGCAUACACCUUCAAGAUAAUCCCGUGCUGUGCGACGCCGGCCUGGCCGACCUGACCGUCGCGCUCGAAGUAAAUCACGCCAAGGUUUAUGGGGUCGGCAGCGAUUGCCCAACCACUACGUCGGCGCCGACGGUCGAAUUGACGUCGGCGAUGCCGCCGGCGCCGUUGCCGCCGACGCUGCUGUUGGCCGCCGCGGCGGCCGCAUCUGGCGGCAACGUGUCCUUCGCUGCCACCCUCGAGUAGGGGGUCGCGCGUCGCGACCCCCGGGUGGUGGUCCCCCUUCGAGAAUAGUCGCGCGAACAAUCACAUCGAUGGACGCGGGAUGAGAAGCCGCGGGAAGCAGAGAGAGAAAGGUACAACAGAAGCGCGGAGGAGCGAGUAGAAGAAUAAGAAAGAGAAGAAGAUCAAGAAAUACAACAACAAGAAGAAAAAGAAGAGCGGAUGCGGAAGAGGGGGUAGAGAAAGAGAAACGGGUCGCGGCUUGUUCGUUUGUUCGUUCUCGCGAGAGAAUCAUCGCGAGGGCAUCCGGCGGGGGGAAAAUCGGUGAUUUGCAUCGUCACAUACACACACACAUACACACACGCGCGCGCGCGCGCACGCGCGUGUGUCCCGUUGUUGUCUCCGUCGCGAGAGAAAGAAGGAAAGAAGAAAGGAGAAGAAGGAAGAGGAUCCACCAAAGUGCGAACGGAGCGACCGUCCGACAAUGCGACAUGCCGUGUCUCUAGACUCCCACACUAGUACGUAGUGAGAAUGUGUAACAAGGGCUCUCGACGCACCAAAUAUCCGCGAGCGCUUUCGGGGAAGCUCGAGAGCUCCGCGAUGCUGUCGGGCUGCUCUUGCACGCUCCUUUAUACAUUGUAAAUAGUCUCUAUCAGUGGUAAGUCCCAUUCGCGCAUAGGUGUCUAAGCAGUCUCUAAUUUAGCGUUCUUUCUCGUCACACGCAUAUUCAUACACACAUGCACUGGAUGAAUAACGAACAGGAAAUCAUGUCGAUAGUCGUGUCCGCGUUUCUCCGACGAAACACCGUCAGAGUUCGUUCGCGGAACUCGCGAACGUCGCCGCCGUCGUCAAUUCAUUGUUCCAUGCUCUUGUCGACGUCGUCGUCGUGACUUUUCGCGGAACAUCCUCGCGCGACGGAAACGCGCUGAAGCGUCGUUCCCGGCGAGACGCUCGUCGGGAUUUCUGGAUGACGUAGCCCGCGCGGAUGAGAAUUCGAAAACGGUCGCGCGAUGUGCAAGUAAUUCGCCGAAGAGAUUUCGGUCCUCGAUCGAAUUCCUUCGAUGGUUGUGUGUAUAUGUAAAUGGAUUCCCGGCGGGUCAAUGGAGCAAAUGAAAUCUGUUAACUUAUGCCAUGGUACGGACAGAUUGGCAGUGGGCGAUCAAUUGACUCCUCCGUUAACUCGUGCCAAUAGGGAUGAAUUGUUAUCAGCGCGCCUCCGCGCAUACAUAAUGGAUCGGCCCGUUUCUGUGCGAGAACGCGCGCGCGCGGGAGAUUAUACCAAUGCAGGUAUAAGCAUAUAUUGAGGUAAACGCGUGAUAAUCUGCACAGCAGAUUCGCGAAAAGAAGCGGCGCGCGCGCGAUAGAGAGAGAGAGAGAGAGAGAGAGAUAUGAUACUCUCGCCGAAAUGGAGAAAUCCGUAAAAUCCGCCGUUGAACCGCAUUAACCGCUAAUCGUCGAUCUUAUCAAAUCAUAGGGUCGUGAAGUCAUCUCUUCCGCGCCCGAUUCUCUUUAAACGUACACACAUAUUGCAGAAGGGCAGUCCAUAGUACGACUGCUAGCUUAAUUAGCUAGAACUCGGAAUCAAAAUAAUUUAUCUGUUAAGUAUUUUAACACGUUCCGCGCCGCGUGGGCCACCGACUUGGCCCACGCUGAACUUCCCGUUCAGGCUUUCCGUUUGAUGUUCGGUCGUCGGGCUAAGCGAGAUAUGGUUGUCAAAUGCUUGGAUAAUUAUCACGACACGAGCGCUAUUUGACAGGUAAAAUACGACGCGUGAUAACGCGGCGUAGACAAGUCGUGUAAGAUUCGUGUAGAAUUAGUUCGCCGCGGAACGUGUUAAUAAUAGAGGAAGCAUGGCGUCGUGGACAUCGCGAAAACUGCGGAGGAAAUAAAUAAGUAUUACGGUACCGGGCGAACAGCGUAUACUCUGCUAUGAGAAUACACGGGUAUUUGCUCGCAUUACGGAACACAAUUGUCGCGGAGAAUGAUCGGAGCGUUAGUUCGAGAAUUACACACGUCAUAUUGGUUUUACCUUGUAAGUGAAUCUUUCGCGAUGUCUGCAAGCGCUUUUACGUACGAUAGG